AUGACUAAAUCCUCUGAGAAGUGUGAAGAAGUAAAUAAUGGAAACAUCAUAACUAGUAGUCAAAAAUCAGUCGAGUUGGAUGAAAAAAUUAAAAAACCUGCAGCAACAGUUGACGAGGUUACUGAGUUACUUUCAGCAACUUCAGUCUCUGCUUCAACAGGGGUAUUUCGCCAUAAAACCUUUAAGGCUUCUCCUUUACAAUUAAAAGGUAAAGAAGAAACACAAGAAGAACGGAGGAAGCGAGCUUUAGAGGAACAAAAAAAGAGGAGACGGGACCUUAAUACUCAUGCAAGGAACCUAGCAUUAUUCAAGCCAGCAGAUUUUUCAUCAGAAGAAGAAUCAAAGUCUGAUGAUGAAUCUAUCAAUAAUGAUACCCUCAUUGAACUAGCUAAACCAACCAAACGCAGCCUCGAUUUAGAUCAAGAUGAUGAUUUGCUACAAGAAUCAUUUGCAGUUAAAAAAGCAAAACUCAAAGGAAAAUUUAGAGAACCUCGUCGUAAGAUUAAAGGAUCUAAUCCAUACAGAAAUCAAGUAAUGCACGCCGAAUGGAUACAUGAAAUCCCAUCUGAUUUAGAGAAUAAUUGGUAUGUUGUGUUGUGUCCUAAAGGUAAGCGUUGCCUUGUAAUAUCAGCAAAAGGUAAAACGGUAAGCCGAUUACGCAAUGGAAAUAUCAUGAAUGUUUUCGAAUCGAUUUUGCCCGCAGGUGCAAAUUCUUACAAGGGAAACAAAACAACUGAUUAUUGCAUCUUGGACUGUAUCUAUGAUCAAACAAAAUUUACCUAUUAUGUGUUGGAUCUCAUGUGCUGGAAAGGACAUCCCAUUUACGACUGUGAUACUGAAUUUAGAUUUUAUUGGCUCAACUCUAAAUUUGCGGAAAUUGAACGUCCAGCUGUAAACACUUCUACUUACACGUUUAAUCCUCUCAAAGCUCAUUAUUGUGAUCAAGAAAAAAUAUCAUUCUUGAUUAAGAAUCCUCAUUCUUUUGGAUAUCGACCAGAUGGAUUAUUAUUUUUUAAUAAACAUACUCAAUAUGUUCUUGGCGAUACUCCGUUAUGUGGUUGGGUUGGAAUUGAAAAAGUUGAAGAAAUGUUCGAAAACUUCAUCAAACAAAAAAAAUAG